GCGCCCGGCUGGCACAGUUCUGCUUCUCCCCGGCUCGGGGCGCCGAGGCGGCGUCGGGGAGGUGUCCAACAUGGAGGAGGCGCCGGCCGCGGGCGUCACCUGCGAGGGGGACUAAUCCCCGCCUGGCGCUCCGGCCGGCGGUGCCGGGUCCCGAGCCCCGGGGCUUCGUCGCCUGCACACCCCGCAGCGGACCCCGGCUCCGGCUGCUCUCCGGCUGCGCGCUUCCAGACGCGGACGUCCGCAGCGCGAGGAGAGAGCGCGGCGGCCCCGAGUCUCCCCGAGCCAUGGGCAACGAGGCGAGCUUGGAAGGGGAAGGGCUCCCCGAAGGACUGGUGGCGGCGGCGGCAGCGGCCGGAGCAGGGGCUGGCGGGGCGGGGAGCUCCUUGCACACUGGGAUCCCGGCCGGCAUGGAGGCGGAUCUGAGCCAGCUGAGCGAAGAGGAGAGGAGACAGAUAGCCGCUGUCAUGUCAAGGGCGCAGGGGCUGCCCAAGGGAAGCGUUCCCCCGGCCGCUGCGGAGUCGCCUUCCAUGCACAGGAAACAAGAGCUGGAUAGUAGUCACCCUCCAAUGCAACCAGGCAAACCACUGGGCCCUGGGCGUCCGGCUCAGCCUGGCCUCAGUAAAAGCAGAACUACAGAUACUUUGAGAUCAGAGCAGAAACUGCCUGGAAGGAGUCCUUCCACGAUCAGCUUGAAAGAAUCAAAGUCCAGAACUGAUUUUAAGGAAGAGCACAAGUCUAGUAUGAUGCCUGGCUUCCUCUCAGAGGUUAACCCUCUAAGUGCUGUGUCCUCUGUUGUAAAUAAAUUCAAUCCUUUUGAUUUGAUAUCAGACUCUGAUGUAUCCCAGGAAGAAGCCACCAAGAAACAGAAAUUAGCUCAGAAGGAACAAGGAAAACCUGAAGGAAUCAUAAAGCCUCCAUCACAACAGUCACACAAGCCGGGUCCUAAGCAGCAAGGACCUGUGAGGGCCCCAUUGGAGCAGGAUGGCCCUCCCAAGUUGGUAUCUUCUCAGCAACCAGAGAAGAUGAAAACACAGCCUCCAGGGACAGGAAAGUCAGUUCAGGGGCCUCCCCAGGCUCUGCAGACAGACCAGGCAAAACUGCCACUUCAGAGAGAUGCAGCGAGACCUCAGACUAAACAAUCAGACAUGGUCAGAGGAGAAUCGGUUAAACCCUCAGUGCAAAGCCCAUCCAAACCACCUCUUCAGCAAGCAAGUCCUGGGAAACCUCCAGCCCAGCAGCCUGGACCUGAAAAACUUUCCACACCACAACCUGGGUCUGCAAAACCUUCAGCUCAGCAACCAGGAGCAGCAAAGGCUCCAGCCCAGCCACCAGGGGCUGCAAAGCCUGCCGCUCAGCAGCCUGGGCCAAAGUCUGUAGCACAGCCUCCUGCAAAGGCCCCAUUGCAACAGCCAGGGCCACCAAAAUCCCCAGCUCACCACCCUGGCCCAGCAAAGGCUAUGGCUCAGCAGCCUGGGCCAGGAAAGACUCCUGCUCAACAAGUUGGUCCAGCAAAGCUCCCAGCUCAGCAGCCCAGCCCGGCGAAGCCCCAACCUCAGCAGCCCAGCCCGGCGAAGCCCCCACCUCAGCAGCCCAGCCCGGCAAAGCCCCCUCCUCAGCAGCCCGGCCCGGCGAAGCCCCCACCUCAGCAGCCCAGCCUGGUGAAGCCCCCUCCUCAGCAGCCCAGCCCGGCGAAGCCCCCACCUCAGCAGCCCAGCCCGGUGAAGCCCCCACCUCAGCAGCCCGGCCUGGCAAAGCCCCCUCCUCAGCAGCCAAGCCCGGUGAAACCCCCGCCUCAGCAGCCCGGCCCAGCAAAGCCCCCUCCUCAGCAGCCUGGCCUGGCAAAGCUCCCUCCUCAGCAAUCUAUAAAACCAGUAAGCCAAACAGGAGCUGGGAAACCUCUGCAGCCACUAACUUCUCCAUCUGCAGCACAGACUCCAGUACAAGGCCUCCCUAAAACCAUCUGUCCUCUUUGCAAUACCACUGAACUUCUGUUGCAUGUUCCAGAAAAGGCCAAUUUUAACACAUGCACUGGGUGUCAAACUACUGUCUGUAGCCUCUGUGGUUUCAAUCCCAAUCCUCACUUAACCGAGGUAAAAGAGUGGCUCUGUUUAAACUGUCAGAUGCAAAGAGCUCUAGGAAGUGAUCUGGCUCCAGUUCCAUCAUCAUCCCAGCCCAAACCGAAGACUGCCGCUGUUAUUUCUACAUCAGCAGUGAGCAAACCAUCCCCACAGUCACAGCAGGUUUCUCCAAAGAGGGAUACUGCACCCCAACAGGGUAUCUCAAAAGCCCCUGAGUCUAAGAAGCCCCCACCACUAGUGAAACAGCCAACCCUUCGUGGUUCUCCCCCAGUCACGGCCAAGCAAAGUCCCGUGGCAGAGUCCACAUCCAAGCCAGACCCUCUCAAAGAGCCUUCUGUCCUACCUGAGCAGGCUAAGGUCCCCAUGGCCAGUGAUAAACCACAGCACCCCAAGACAACAAAGCCAACCACGGACUUUGUGUCCUCGUUGUCAACAGUGGUGAAACCUGGUACUCCAGGCUCUGAAGCACCGUCUCAGGAUGAAGAGAUAACACCCUCUCCUCUAAAAACAGACUCUGCCAAACCCUCACAGAGUUUUCCACCACCUGGAGAAAGAGUCACCUCAUUCGAUUCUAAAGUCAUUCCUCGACCUGCAUCGGAUUUGAAAAUUAUUUCACAUCCUGGGCCUGGUUCAGAGAGCACAGGUCAAAAACACGUAGAUCUGGUUCAGAAGAAGGAAGAACCCAAGAAAGCACAAACGAAGACGAGCCCCAAGCCAGUGAUCAAAGGGUCCCCGACACCUCCAGGCCCACGACCUACCCCUGGACAAACUGCCCCCAAGGGUCAGCAGCCUCCAAAACCUCAGGAGCAGUCAAGACGUUUCAGUCUGAAUUUGGGAAGUAUUACUGAUGCCCCUAAAUCACAGCCCACAACUCCUCAAGAAACUGUGACUGGGAAGCUCUUUGGGUUUGGAGCAUCAAUCUUCAGCCAGGCAUCAAAUUUAAUAGCCACUGCAGGCCAGCCGGGGUCUCAUUCACAGAGUGGGCCAGGAGCCCCAACAAAACAAGGCCCUGCGCUUCCACAGCCAGCUCCCCCUCAGGGGCCACCCAAGUCCGCAGCACAGGGACCACCAGCACCUGUGAAGGUCACGCCUGUGAAAAAGGAAACAAAGGCUCCAAUAGCUGAAAAAUUAGAACCCAAAGCUGAACAAGUUCCAAUGGUAAAAAGAACAGAAACAGAAAAGAAGCCUCCACCCAUUAAGGAUAGCAAACCUUUGGCAGCUGAGCCUCAAAAGGCUGCCCUUCUCUCCAAACUGGAGAAAAGCUCCAAACCAGAAUCAGCCUGUCCUCUCUGCAAAACUGAAUUGAACAUAGGUUCCAAGGAUCCUCCUAACUUCAGUACUUGCACUGAAUGCAAGAAUCAAGUAUGUAACCUCUGUGGAUUUAACCCUACACCACACUUGACAGAGAUUCAAGACUGGCUUUGUUUAAAUUGCCAAACCCAGAGAGCAAUAUCAGGACAGCUUGGGGACUUAGGCAAAAUGCCACCUACACAGUUGGGACCAAAAGCCUCUCCUCUGCCUGUCCCUAUGGAGCAGCCAUCUCAGAAAACAGCAAUAGCUGCCCAAGCAAAAGUGAAAAAGAAGGAAGAAGAAGUAAAAUCAGACGCUGAAAAAGUCAUUCCAGAAAAAGUAAAAGAAAUGCCAUCAAUUGAAAAAAUUACUCCUAAGGUAACCACAGAUCAAAAACAAGAAGAAGGUAAACCAGAGAAAGACAAAACUUCAGCCCCUCAAGAAAAAAAGUCACCCCCUGAAGACAAAAAGCCACCCCCAGGAGCAAAAACAUCAGCUUUAGAGGAGGACCAGAAACAUGUCUUACCCCAAACUCAAGUACAGAUUCUUGAAGAAAAACCUGAAGCCAGAGUGGCUGCACAGGCAGGGCAAGAAGAGAAACGACCCCAGACUGAGACAGAAGAUAAGCCCUGUGCAGCAGCUCAGAGUCGGCCUCAGAAAGGUGAUUCCACCACCUCCAAAAUAAAAGAGCCACAGGCAGCAAGCAGGGCAAAGCCUGAUGGAGGGGAACCUGGGAAAGAAAAGACAGAAAAGGAAGAUGACAAAUCAGAAACUUCAAGUUCUCAGCAGCCGAAAAGCCCACAAGGUCUGAGUGACACAGGAUAUUCUUCUGAUGGAAUAUCAAGCUCACUUGGUGAAAUUCCAAGUCUUAUUCCAAGUGAUGAAAAGGAUUUACUCAAGGGACUCAAAAAGGACUCUUUUUCACAAGAAAGCAGCCCUUCCAGCCCCUCAGAUUUGGCUAAGUUGGAAAGUACAGUUCUAUCCAUUUUGGAAGCUCAGUCAAGUACACUUGCCGACAAAAGGUCAGAAAAGAAAACACCACCUCGUGAGGUUUCUCCUGAGCAGCCCAAGGACCAACAGAAAACUCGGAGUUUAUCUGAAACGCUGGAAACUACAAUUUCAGAAGAGGAACUCAAAGAGAGUCAGGAAGAAAAAGACACUCCUAAAAAAGACAGCCAACGAGACAGUCCUUCCCAAAGGGACCAAGAAGCAAGGUCUGAGUUUGUUGAUGAUGUAGCUACAAGAAGACAGCCUUGUGAUUCUGUUGAAGAGAGCAGUGAAAGCGAAAACUCACCUGUUAUACAAAGAAAACGGAGAACGAGUAUUGGUUCAUCAAGCAGUGAUGAGUACAAACAGGAGGAUAGUCAAGGAUCAGGUGAAGAGGAAGACUUUAUUCGAAAACAAAUCAUAGAAAUGAGUGCUGAUGAAGAUGCUUCAGGUUCUGAAGAUGAAGAGUUCAUUAGGAACCAGCUCAAAGAGAUUCGUAGUAGUAUUGAGAGCCAGAAGAAGGAAGAAACAAAGGGUAAGGUGAAAGUCACAGCAGGGAAACACAGGCGACUGACUCGAAAAAGUAGUGCAAGCUUUGAUGAGGAUGCAGGCAGACGCCAUUCAUGGCAUGAUGAAGAUGAUGAGACCUUUGAUGAAAGUCCUGAACUUAAAUACAGAGAAACUAAAAGCCAGGAGAAUGAAGAACUUGUAGUUGCUGGAGGAGGAGGCCUCCGUCGAUUCAAAACGAUAGAACUCAACAGCACAAUAGCAGAUAAAUAUUCUUCAGACUCAUCACAGAAAAAGACAACUUUGUAUUUUGAUGAAGAGCCAGAAUUAGAAAUGGAAAGCUUGACAGACUCUCCAGAAGACAGGUCAAGGGGAGAAGGAUCCUCUAGUCUUCAUGCUUCCAGCUUCACUCCUGGCACAUCCCCUACAUCAGUGUCUUCUCUUGAUGAGGACAGUGACAGUAGCCCAAGUCACAAAAAAGGAGAGAGCAAACAGCAACGCAAAGCUCGGCACAGACCUCAUGGCCCUCUUUUACCUACUAUUGAAGAUUCUUCAGAGGAAGAAGAAUUGAGAGAGGAAGAAGAAUUAUUAAAGGAGCAAGAAAAGCAGCGAGAAUUAGAACAGCAACAAAGAAAGAGCUCUAGUAAGAAAUCAAAGAAAGACAAAGAUGAACUUCGAGCUCAGAGAAGGAGGGAAAGACCAAAGACACCACCCAGUAACCUGUCUCCCAUUGAAGAUGCAUCUCCAACAGAAGAAUUACGUCAGGCUGCAGAAAUGGAGGAGCUCCAUCGAUCUUCUUGUUCUGAAUAUUCACCUAGCAUAGAGUCAGACCCAGAAGGUUUUGAAAUAAGCCCAGAGAAAAUAAUAGAAGUGCAAAAAGUUUAUAAAUUGCCCACAGCUGUGUCUUUAUACUCACCAACAGAUGAGCAAUCUAUUAUGCAGAAAGAAGGUAGCCAAAAGGCAUUAAAAAGUGCUGAGGAGAUGUAUGAAGAAAUGAUGCAUAAAUCCCACAAAUACAAAGCUUUUCCAGCUGCAAAUGAACGAGAUGAAAUGUUUGAAAAAGAGCCUUUGUAUGGUGGGAUGUUAAUAGAGGAUUAUAUUUAUGAGUCUUUAGUAGAGGACACUUACAAUGGUUCAGUAGGUGGCAGUCUGCUUACGAGGCAAGAAGAAGAAAAUGGGUUUAUGCAGCAGAGAGAGAGAGAGCAAAAAAUAAGUCUUCCAGAACAGAUUUAUGAAGAUCCUAUGCAGAAAAUUACAGACCUCCAGAAAGAGUUUUAUGAGUUAGAAAGCUUACAUUCUGUUGUGCCUCAAGAAGACAUUGUUUCGAGCUCUUAUAUCAUUCCAGAAAGCCAUGAGAUAGUAGACCUGGAUAGUAUGGUAACUUCUACCAGUGAAGAAAAAAAAUUGUUAGAUGCUGAUGCUGCAUAUGAAGAACUCAUGAAAAGGCAACAGAUGCAACUAACACCUGGAUCCAGUCCACCCCAGGCCCCCAUCAGGGAUGAUAUGACAGAGUCCACUGUGGACUUUGACAGGGCACCUGAUGCAUCUUUGACAUCAAGUAUCCUCUCAGGAGCAUCUCUUACAGAUUCAACCAGCAGUACAACACUCUCUAUCCCAGAUGUUAAAAUAACCCAACAUUUUUCAACAGAAGAAAUUGAGGAUGAAUAUGUAACUGAUCAUACAAGAGAAAUACAAGAGAUAAUUGCCCAUGAAUCACUGAUUUUGACCUACUCUGAGCCUUCAGAAAGUGCUACAUCUGUCCCACCCUCUGACACACCCUCUCUCACAUCAUCCGUUUCUUCAGUUGGUACUACAGAUAGCUCCUCACCCAUUACUACCCUGGAUAGCAUAACCACAGUUUAUACAGAGCCAGUGGACAUAGUAACUAAAUUUGAAGAUUCUCAGGAAAUUUCUUCAUCAACAUAUUUUCCAGGCAGCGUUAUAGACUACCCCGAAGAAAUAAGUAUAUCUUUAGAUCGGACUACCAUACCAACUAGUGCUGAUCAUAUUGUAAUUUCAAUAUCUAAUAUGGAACCUUCUAUCAUAGAAUCUGUAGAAACUAAACCAGAGAGGCUAAUUGCUGACACUAUUCCCACUGACUUUUCUGUAUCUGAAAAAGAGCUAGUGAAGAAAGCCAAGAAGGAGGCUGGGAAUGGAAUUAUUCUGGAAGUUUUGGAAGCUUACAUAGAUAAAAGGAAAGAGUCUGAGGAUGAACUAACAAAAAUUAUCCUAUCUGAAACUAUAUUUGAUCGACCACCUUCUUCUGUAACAGCCCUUCCAGUGAAGGAGCAGGUUUCAACUACAUGCUUUGUAUCUGAAGGGGUCUUUGAUCAAGCAAAACCUCCUUUUCAGUCGCCAUCUGGCAGUCCUUCUAUUUCCUCUCUUCCAACUAAGACUCGCCCAUUGUUUCGAAGUGCUUCUUUGGACACAUCAGCCCAACCUCCUCCCCCACCGCCUCCUCCCCCGCCUCCCCCGCCGCCUCCUCCCCCGCCUCCUCCUCCCCCACCUCUUCCUCCACCAACCUCACCUAAACCAACUAUUCAUCCUAGGAAAAAGCUAACCGUGACAGCUACACCUCCAACUGAUACUGUCACUACAGUAGAAACCACAGCUGCUCCAAGGAGUAAUGGGUUACCAGCAACAAAAAUAUGUCCCACUGCACCUCCUCCUGUUCCCCCUAAGCCAUCUUCAAUUCCAUCUGGACUUGUAUUUACACAUAGACCUGAGCCAAGCAAACCUCCAAUUGCGCCUAAGCCAGCAGUUCCUCCGCUUCCAGUAACCACACAAAAACCAACAGAUACACACCCCAAACCAACAGGUCUAUCUUUAACUUCAGAUAUGACAUUGAAUUUAGUGACUUCAGCAGAUUAUAAAUUGCCUUCCCCUACCUCCCCACUUUCCCCUCACUCUAACAAGUCUUCACCAAGAUUUUCUAAAUCCCUCAUGGAAACUUAUGUGGUUAUCACAUUGCCAUCUGAACCUGGGACUCCAACAGAUUCUUCAACUAGUCAAGGAAUUACAAGUUGGCCCCUGGGAUCACCCUCCAGAGAUCUGAUUUCCAUUGAACCCGUGUUUUCUGUAGUUCCUCCUAUGACAGCUGCCGAAAUUUCAAGUUCUUCAGAAAAAAGCCUGUACAUCUCAGAAGCUUUGGAGACAUUUUAUGCUGUUCCUGUCACAACACUACCUUCAUUUCAAGCGGCCCCAACUUCAGUUACACAGUUUCUCACAACUGAAGUUACUAAGACUGAGGUUGCAGCAGCCAGAAGUGCAAUCCCUACUGCUAGUCUCAGCAGCAUCUCUUUAUCAAUUCCUCCAGAACCGCUUGCUCUAGAUACCCUACAUUUAGAGAAGCAUCAGCAUAAAGAAAAUGGAAAGAUGCAGCUUGUUGGCGAUGCCAUUGAUUUGCGUACAGUACCAAAGGCAGAAGUUAAAGGAACUGAAGAAUGUAUGGAUCUUUCUGCUUCUACGAUGGAGGUAAAAAGACAGACCCCAACAAGUGACAUUUAUGGGAGACAAAUCAGUGCUGUCCAACCCUCUGUAAUAAAUCUCAGUGUAACUUCAUCAGUCGUGACUCCAGUAUCCCUGACCACCGAGACAGUAACUGUGGUCACAGCUAGUGCAAGUUAUACCAUGGGUACAGAAAGCCUAGAGGGUAGAGAACAUGUGGCACCAACACCGGUCCAGCUCACUACAUUGAAAUACGCUGAGCCCCCAUCCAGAAUACCAAGUGGGCAAGCCUUUUCUGCAGUUAGGGAGGAAGCACCGAUAAACUUAUCUGUAGGUCCUUCAGCACACGCAGUCACACUGGCGAUUACAAAACCUGCUACUGCACCUCCUGUUGGUGUCACAAAUGGAUGGACUGACAGCACCACAGCCCAGGCCAUCACUGAUGGAGAAGUAGUGGAUCUCAGUACAACAAAGUCUCACAGAACUGUUGUAACAAUCGAUGAAUCUGCUUCAAGUAUGGUGACAAAAAUAAUAGAAGAUGAAGAAAAACCUGUUGAUCUGACUGCAGGAAGGAGAGCUGUAUGCUGCGAUGUGGUUUAUAAGCUGCCCUUUGGAAGGAGCUGCACAGCACAACAGCCUGCAACUACUCUCCCUGAGGACCGUUUUGGUUAUAGGGAUGACCACUAUCAAUAUGAUCGAUCAGGGCCAUAUGGUUAUAGAGGGAUUGGGGGAAUGAAACCUUCCAUGUCAGACACUAAUUUAGCAGAAGCUGGACAUUUUUUCUAUAAAAGUAAGAAUGCUUUUGAUUAUUCUGGAGGAACUGAUGCAGCAGUAGAUCUAACUUCAGGGAGAAUUACUACAGGUGAGGUAAUGGAUUAUUCAAGCAAGACUACAGGUUCCUAUCCAGAAACACAACAAGUCAUUUCAGAAGUUGGGGUUGGUACCCCACAGUAUUCCACAGCAAGAAAGACUCCACCUCCAAGUCCCCAGUAUGGUGUGGGGAGUGUUUUGAGGUCAUCUAAUGGUGUUGUCUAUUCUUCAGUAGCAACUCCAGUUCCCUCUACAUUUGCUAUCACCACACAACCUGGCUCCAUUUUCAGCACCACGGUGAGGGAUUUGUCUGGCAUGCACCCAGCUGAUGCAGUGACUUCACUAUCCGCCCUGCAACAGAACCAGCCAAUGCCUAGAUCAUAUUUCCUAGCAACAGGUGCAUCAGAAACAGAUGUUGCAGUAACUGGUGUUGAUAUCAAUGCCAGUUUGCAAACUAUUGCUAUGGAAACUCUUACUGCAGAGACAAUAGACUCACUUCCCACUUUAACCACAGCGUCUGAAGUGUUUUCUGAAGUGGUGGGAGAUGAAAGUACUAUUUUAAUUGUCCCUGAAGAAGAUAAACAACAGCAGCAGCUAGACUUGGAGCGUGAGCUCUUGGAACUGGAGAAAAUUAAGCAACAGCGUUUUGCUGAGGAAUUGGAGUGGGAACGUCAGGAAAUACAAAGGUUCCGAGAACAAGAAAAGAUCAUGGUUCAAAAAAAGCUGGAGGAGCUUCAGUCAAUGAAGCAGCACCUUCUCUAUCAGCAAGAAGAAGAGCGUCAAGCACAGUUCAUGAUGAGGCAGGAGACCUUAGCUCAGCAGCAGUUACAGCUCGAGCAGAUCCAACAGCUCCAGCAACAGCUUCAGCAGCAGCUAGAGGAGCAGAAGAUUCGCCAGAUCUACCAGUAUAACUAUGACCCUUCUGGGACUGCUUCUCCACAGACCACUGCAGAGCAGGCAGUUUUGGAAGGCCAGUAUGCUGCCCCAGAGGGUGGUCAGUUUUGGGCAGCUGAAGAUGCAACCACGACAGCCUCAGCUGUUGUGGCGAUUGAAAUACCACAGAGCCAAGGGUGGUACACAGUUCAGUCUGAUGGGGUUACUCAAUACAUCGCCCCACCUGGCAUCCUGAGUACUGUUUCAGAAAUACCUCUAACAGACGUUGUUGUAAAAGAUGAAAACCAGCCCAAAAAGAGAAGCUCUGGAGCUAAAGUCCGUGGACAGUACGAUGAGCGAGGGGAAACCACGGCAGAGGAUCCCCGCUGCUUUAAGAAGAUAGUGGACAGUGGUGUACAAACUGACGACGAAGAUGCGGCAGAUCGGAGCUAUGUGAGUAGGAGAAGGAGAACUAAAAAGAGUGUUGAUACAAGUGUCCAAACUGACGAUGAAGAUCAGGAUGAGUGGGAUAUGCCUGCUAGAUCAAGGAGAAAAGCUCGUGUAGGGAAAUAUGGUGACAGCAGUACAGAGGCUGACAAGACCAAACCCCCUUCCAAGGUCUCCAGUGUAGCAGUUCAAACAGUAGCAGAGAUAUCUGUGCAAACCGAACCAGUUGGAACCAUAAGAACACCUUCAAUACGAGCACGCGUGGAUGCCAAGGUAGAAAUAAUUAAACACAUUUCAGCUCCUGAAAAGACUUACAAAGGGGGCAGUUUAGGAUGUCAAACAGAAGCAGAUUCAGACACACAAAGUCCUCAAUAUCUGAGUGCCACAUCUCCACCCAAAGACAAGAAACGCCCAACACCUUUAGAGAUCGGUUAUUCAUCUCACCUACGGGCAGAUUCCACAUUACAGCUGGCUCCUUCCCCGCCCAAAUCUCCAAAAGUCCUUUAUUCACCCAUUUCACCACUUUCACCAGGCAAAGCCUUAGAAUCAGCCUUUGUACCUUAUGAAAAACCCCUCCCUGAUGAUGUAAGUCCACAGAAAGUACUGCAUCCAGACAUGGCCAAAGUUCCCCCAGCAAGUCCUAAGACAGCCAAGAUGAUCCAGCGGUCCAUGUCUGACCCCAAGCCUCUGAGUCCAACAGCAGAUGAAAGUUCCAGGGGUCCUUUUCAGUAUACCGAGGGCUACACGACAAAAGGUUCCCAAACUAUGACACCCUCUGGCUCCCAGAAAAAAGUUAAGAGAACCCUGCCAAACCCACCUCCUGAGGAGACCAGCGCCGGAGCCCAGGCGGCAUACAGCGCUGUGGGCACGGUUUCCAGGAGAAGGAUCUGCAGAACCAACACAAUGGCACGGGCCAAGAUUCUCCAGGAUAUAGACAGAGAGCUUGAUCUUGUGGAGAGGGAAUCUGCAAAGCUUAGAAAGAAACAAGCCGAACUUGAUGAGGAAGAAAAGGAGAUCGAUGCCAAGUUAAGGUACCUGGAAAUGGGAAUUAACAGGAGGAAAGAGGCAUUAUUAAAGGAGCGAGAGAAGAGGGAGCGAGCCUACCUCCAGGGUGUAGCCGAAGAUCGGGAUUACAUGUCUGACAGUGAGGUGAGCAGCACCAGACCAGCCCGAAUGGAAAGUCAGCAUGGCGUGGAGCGCCCAAGAACAGCCCCCCAAGCAGAAUUCAGCCAGUUUAUACCACCACAGACCCAAACAGAAUCUCAACUCGUUCCUCCGACAAGCCCUUAUACACAAUACCAAUACUCUUCCCCUGCUCUUCCUACACAGGCACCCACCCCGUACACCCAACAAUCCCAUUUUCAGCAACAAACAUUAUACCAUCAGCAAGUUUCACCUUAUCAGACUCAGCCGUCAUUCCAAGCUGUAGCAACAAUGUCCUUCACUCCUCAAGCUCAACCUACACCAGCCCCACAACCAUCUUAUCAGCUACCAUCACAGAUGAUGGUGAUACAACAAAAGCCACAUCAAACCACACUGUAUUUGGAGCCCAAGAUAACUUCAAACUAUGAGGUGAUUCGCAACCAACCCCUGAUGAUAGCGCCUGUUUCUACUGAUAAUACAUACGCUGUUUCCCAUCUUGGUAGUAAGUACAAUAGUUUAGACUUGAGAAUAGGAUUGGAGGAAAGAAGUAGCAUGGCGAGCAGCCCCAUAUCCAGCAUAUCAGCAGAUUCUUUCUAUGCAGAUAUUGACCAUCAUACUCCACGAAACUAUGUCCUAAUCGAUGACAUUGGGGAGAUUACCAAAGGAACAGCAGCAUUAAGCACUGCAUUUAGCCUUCAUGAGAAAGAUCUAUCGAAAACAGACCGUCUCCUUAGAACCACUGAAACACGUAGGUCUCAAGAGGUGACAGAUUUUCUAGCACCUUUGCAGACUUCCUCCAGAUUGCAUAGUUACGUAAAAGCAGAGGAAGAUCCAAUGGAAGAUCCUUAUGAGUUAAAGCUCCUGAAACAUCAGAUUAAACAAGAAUUCCGUAGAGGAGCAGAAAGCUUAGAUCACCUGGCUGGUCUUUCUCAUUAUUACCAUGCCGAUACCAGCUACAGACAUUUCCCAAAAUCUGAAAAGUACAGCAUCAGUAGGCUCACACUGGAGAAACAGGCAGCAAAGCAGCUGCCAGCAGCCAUCCUGUACCAAAAGCAGUCAAAGCAUAAGAAAUCACUAAUGGACCCAAAAAUGUCAAAAUUUUCCCCUAUUCAAGAAAGUCGAGACCUUGAACCUGAUUAUUCGACCUACAUGACUUCUAGCACUUCAUCUAUUGGUGGCAUUUCCUCCAGAGCAAGGCUUCUUCAAGAUGAUAUCACUUUUGGCCUUAGGAAAAAUAUUACAGACCAGCAGAAAUUUAUGGGGUCUUCUCUUGGUUCAGGACUGGGCACAUUAGGAAAUACCCUACGGUCGGCUCUGCAGGAUGAAGCAGAUAAGCCGUACGGCAGUGGCAGCAGGUCCCGACCAUCUUCCAGACCUUCUUCUGUCUAUGGGCUCGAUUUAUCAAUUAAAAGAGAUUCUUCCAGCUCUUCCCUAAGACUGAAAGCUCAAGAGGCUGAAGCUCUAGAUGUUUCCUUCAGUCAUGCAUCACCUUCUGGCAGAACUAAGCCUACCAGCUUGCCAAUUAGCCAGAGUAGGGGAAGAAUACCAAUUGUGGCCCAGAAUUCUGAAGAAGAGAGUCCACUCAGUCCUGUUGGCCAGCCAAUGGGGAUGGCCAGGGCUGCAGCUGGACCCCUGCCACCAAUAUCUGCAGACACCAGGGAUCAGUUUGGAUCAAGUCACUCAUUGCCUGAAGUUCAGCAACACAUGAGAGAGGAAUCACGGACUCGAGGCUAUGACCGUGACAUAGCGUUCAUCAUGGAUGACUUCCAACAUGCCAUGUCAGACAGUGAAGCCUAUCACCUGCGUCGUGAAGAAACAGAUUGGUUUGACAAACCCAGGGAGUCUCGUUUGGAUAAUGGACAUGGUCUGGAUAGAAAACUACCAGAAAGAUUGGUCCACUCUAGACCACUCAGUCAACAUCAAGAGCAAAUUUUACAGAUGAACGGAAAGACCGUGCACUACAUCUUUCCUCAUGCAAGGAUAAAAAUAACAAGAGACUCUAAGGAUCACACAGUUUCAGGUAAUGGAUUAGGAAUUAGAAUUGUGGGUGGUAAAGAAAUCCCUGGACAUAGUGGAGAAAUUGGAGCCUAUAUUGCCAAGAUCCUUCCUGGGGGAAGUGCAGAACAGACAGGGAAACUUACAGAAGGGAUGCAAGUAUUGGAAUGGAAUGGAAUUCCUUUAACUUCUAAAACGUAUGAAGAAGUGCAGAGUAUCAUUAGUCAGCAAAGUGGGGAAGCAGAAAUAUGUGUAAGACUGGACCUCAAUAUGCUAUCAGAUUCUGAAAAUUCCCAACACCUGGAACUUCAUGAACCACCAAAAGCUGUGGAUAAAGCAAAAUCCCCAGGGGUGGAUCCUAAGCAGUUGGCAGCAGAGCUCCAGAAGGUUUCGCUACAGCAGUCGCCACUGGUUCUGUCGUCUGUCGUGGAAAAAGGAUCUCACGCGCAUUCGGGUCCUACAUCAGCAGGUUCCAGCUCCGUUCCCAGUCCUGGGCAACCAGGCUCUCCCUCCGUGAGCAAAAAGAAACACAGCAGCAGCAAGCCUACUGAUGCAACGAAGGUCGUCACUCAUCCAAUUACAGGGGAAAUUCAGCUUCAAAUCAACUAUGAUCUUGGAAAUCUCAUAAUACAUAUUCUUCAAGCAAGAAACCUAGUCCCUCGAGACAACAAUGGUUAUUCUGACCCCUUUGUUAAAGUGUACCUUCUUCCAGGGCGGGGUCAAGUCAUGGUUGUCCAGAAUGCAAGUGCUGAAUACAAAAGAAGAACUAAAUAUGUUCAGAAAAGUCUUAAUCCUGAGUGGAAUCAAACAGUAAUUUAUAAAAGUAUCUCCAUGGAACAGCUCAAGAAGAAAACACUGGAGGUGACAGUCUGGGAUUAUGAUAGAUUUUCUUCCAAUGACUUUCUUGGUGAGGUACUGAUUGAUUUAUCUAGCACCUCCCACCUCGAUAACACUCCUCGGUGGUAUCCCCUCAAGGAGCAGACCGAGAGCCUAGACCACGGCAAGCCCCACCCCAGUCAGAGCAGCCAGCGGUCUCCAAAGCCAUCCGUCAUCAAAAGCAGAAGCCACGGGAUCUUCCCGGACCCAUCCAAGGACAUGCAGGUCCCCACCAUUGAGAAAUCCCACAGCAGUCCGGGUAGCUCGAAAUCCUCAUCUGAAGGCCACCUGCGCUCCCAUGGACCAUCUCGCAGUCAAAGCAAAACCAGUGUCACUCAGGCCCACCUGGAAGACGCAGGGGCUGCUAUAGCCGCUGCUGAAGCCGCUGUGCAACAACUCCGCCUUCAACCAACCAAUGGCAGCCAAGACCACAGCCAGCUAGCCCUCAGCAAGGUGAUGUCUGAUGGACCAGUCAAGCCAGAAGGAGCCAAGCCCGCCACUCACCGGCCUGCGGAGAGCUCAGCGUCCGGCCCCACGGGCGGCAGCUUCGGGAGCGGGCACGGCUUGGACAGCGAGGCAGGCGGCGGUGCCGCGGGGGACGCGAACCUGUUUCCUCUUCCAAGGAUAGGGAAGAUGGGGCAGAAUGGGCAAGAUCCUGUAAAACAACCAGGAGUAGGAGUGGGGCUAGCAGACACUGAAGUUAAAACUCAGGUAAUGGGAGAAAUCAAGAUUGCAUUGAAGAAGGAAAUGAAGACAGACGGUGAACAACUAAUAGUUGAAAUUCUCCAAUGCAGAAAUAUCACCUACAAAUUUAAAUCUCCUGAUCACUUACCAGAUUUAUAUGUAAAAAUAUAUGUGAUAAACAUCUCUACCCAAAAAAAGGUGAUCAAGAAAAAAACAAGAGUGUGUAGACAUGAUCGAGAGCCUUCAUUCAAUGAAACUUUUAGAUUCAGCCUAAGUCCUGCUGGACAUUCUCUUCAGAUUUUACUUUUCUCCAAUGGAGGGAAGUUUAUGAAAAAGACCUUGAUUGGCGAAGCCUGUAUCUGGCUUGACAAAGUGGAUCUCAGAAAAAGAAUAGUCAACUGGCACAAACUUUUGGUCAGUCCUACUCAAACUCAUUGAAGAAAUAUGUCUUCUCAGGGUAUAGAAACUUACUCUAAAUAAUUUCACAUCAAGACUACAGCUGGAGACUAUUGUACUAUGUUUUCAGAGUAAACAUGACAGGAGAAACAACAGGCAGAAUAGUUAAAGCCUUAUAAACGUAUUGUUGUGGAACAUAGAAAAAAAGCUCAAAUAAAAUGUUCAUAUAUUGAGGACAAAAAAACAAGCCCUGAGACCCUGGAUUUCUUGGGGCUGUCAAGAAAAAUAGAAAAAUGUUGAUUACUUAAUGCAAAAAUCUUGAAGCAGAGUUGAUCUGUCACUAAAGGCAGAGGCUCAAAGUUUAAUAUGGUUUCUAAUGCAAAAGUAAUCCUUUAUACAAAGGAACCUUGGUUGAAAGUCAAGAACUGAUGUAACAAAUCUAUUUUCAGAAGUCUAAAAAUCUAUUUUACUCACCUCCUCAGACAACUUAAUGUUUUGAGAUUCUGACAAAAAAAUACAUCUACAAUAUGUGUCCAAGGCUAGAAGUAAGGUGGUUGUGUUCAAAAGAAAAGAACUGGACGUGUAGAAAUUAUGGCUUUUAGACCAUAUGGUACAGUUUUUCUCUGUGUCUAAAUGUUACAAGGGUGAACAACACCAGUUUUGGUAUCCAUGUUGUAAAAGCACAUUUGUAUAAUUUGAAAUUAUGUAGAGUGAAGAUAAAACUAAGUGGAAAUGGAGUUACAUUUAUCUAGAAAUAAAGCCAUGACUGGCUAACAAAGAAUGUUGUCCCAUAACACAUAGCAACCUAGGUUGAAAAUAUCAAAAUCUCCAUAAUUUACUCUUAAGCCAAGACAUAUUCAAUCUACAUACCAAAGGACACAGAUUAAAUUGGUAUGUUCUAGGAAGCAUGAUAACUUGUUCUUUGUGGAACUGCAAAUAAAUGUGUUAUCCCACACAUUUCCUUUCUCCAGAGUGAUAUACUGACAGAAAAUUCUUCCUCUGGCAAACAAAUAAGAUUAAUCUGUGACAUUAAUUAAAUUGGUGUUAUUUCCUGCUCUUCCAUAAUUUUAGUUUCCCUUAACACAUUAACUGAUUGUGUAAUGAAAACCCUGACACCAAAGUCCACUUCCCUCUAGUGCUCCAUUUUCCUCUUUUAGUGAUGACAGCACAGUGAAACCAAGAUCAUCAAUGUUGGGAAAAUAUGUGAAACGUCAACAUUAUAUUGAAGUUACAAUAUAAUUUGAGCUAUUUUAGUAAUAUAGAAUAAAAGGGCCAAUGUCUAAGUCAUUAAACGGAAGCGUCCUCUCCUCCAUCGACCAACAAUAUUAACAAAGGAAGUAACAUGGGGUUGUAGGAAACACACUCAGCUGGGAUAAAAAGCCUGGCUUCUGAUCCGGGUCCUGCCAAUGACUGUGUCCCCUUGCACAUGGCAUUUAAACUCACAUUUCCCCAGUUUUCUUAUUUGUAUGAUAAAAAUAUUUAUCUAUUCCUAGACUUCCUAAUGGGAUGUUGGGAUGAUGAAACUAAGUGAUUAUUGAGAAAAGAUGAAAGCACAUUUCCAAAUAUACUUUUAUAUACAUAAAUGAGAAAUAAUUAUUAUGAAGCAUUUUACUUCACAAAUGUUAUAUGUGAGAAAGCACUCUGCAAACCAGUGGCAAACAUUGACAUGGAUAAAAGCAGUAUAUUAGCUCCAAAACUAAUUUUUUUCUUUAAAAUAUUAACUGUCAUUUAAUUUGAAAGAAAGGUGAAAAAUUAAAAGAAAAUGAUUUGUAAGCUGAGUUAUUAUAAAUUAAAUGAAUUAUACUGUUUUUAUCCUAUUCCCAUAUCCUACCCCAAAAUAAAUUAAAUUGUUUCUCAGAUCAUUUUGAGUUUAGAAACUGCUUUUUUAUUCAAGGGUGAGGUUUUAGUGGAUUUAGAUAAAUCAUCUCCAAAUACAUCGGUUGGAUACUGAAUUUUCUCAUUUUUAAAGGAAACAAUACCUUAAGUUUGAGAGGAACUGAUUAAAUGUAAAACAUUAAAAAUAAAAGAAUAUCUAAUAAAUCCCAGGCCAUAUAUCUUUAUUAUAGUCAUAAAGAAAUACCAAUUCACUAUUCCCCCAUCUAAGAAAGGUGACAGUCACUUUUUCCCUCUACUUUUUAUCCCUCUCCCUUGACAACACAGUCAUUUACCAUUGAUAUUGCUCUAACAUGAGCAUGUGAAGAGAGGAUCUCUAAAGAUUUCAUAUUGCUAGGACUUUAUUUUUAGAGAUGACUAGAUCUGCUGAUGGUUGCCAUGGAUAUUUCCAGCAAAGUAAGCAUUUUAGGAACUUAUAAUCAUCACUCAGCAUUUGGGAAGAAAAAGGUUCAGGAAAAUCUCCUAUUGACAUAAAAAGGCUCUGCUAUUUGCCCUUAAAAGGAAACUCUGGCUCACCUUAGAUCCUCUUCUGCAGCACUUACAUCCAAAGGUGUGCAUGAGAGGUUGUAUGACCAGUUUCUUUACUUCAUUCCAGUUGCAAUUUUUUUUUAGAAUAAUCCAAAUGGAGGUGCCACCAAAACA